GCUCCUGGGAACACAGCACUCCCAGCCUCAACACAUCAUCUACUUGGGAAUCACUCGCAGCACGUCUCCUUGCCUUGUUUCAUUCUUGUUUCUGAUAUGGCACAAAAUGCAUGAACUUCUAAAACGCAGGCCAGAAAUGCAGCCUCCUGUUGUUUCUGCUCAUGACUGCUCUCUCUUUCUCUGCUCCUUCAAGCAAAGCAAAGCUGCCGUGAGGCUGAAGGAAGAUAUGAAAAAAGUGGUAGUGCGGCCUGGAAGAGGACAGCCCCCCAUGCCUUGCAGAACAAAUUUUGGCGUUCCUCUCAAAGACUUGCAUAAAGAGGGUCUGGUGAUAAAUGGUGUGCCAGCCGUGGUGUGGAGUGUGGUAGAGUACUUGCGUAGUGAAGGUUUGACUCAGGAAGGCCUAUUCAGAAUAAAUGGAAAUGUCAGAGUGGUUGAACAGCUGCGAAUAAAGUAUGAAAGCGGGGAGCAAGUGACACUGCCAGAAGAUGGAGAUGUCCAUUCUGCUGCCAGCCUGCUUAAACUAUUCCUCCGCGAGAUGCCAGAUGGAGUCAUCAGUGCUGCAAUGCUAUCCAGGUUCAUUCAGGUCUACCAGGAAAGUGGAAGUGACACACACAGAGAAAGCAGCUUGAAGGAGCUAAUAAAAGAAUUGCCGGACACACAUUACAGCCUGCUAAAGUAUCUCUGCCAUUUUCUGACGCAGGUGGUUCAACACCAAACAGAGAACAAAAUGAAUGUCUACAAUUUGGCAACCGUUUUUGGACCAAGCUGUUUCCAUGUAUCUCCUGGCUUUGAAGGUAUGAAGCAACAGGAAAUCUGCAACAAAAUUGUGGCCAAGUUGUUAGAAGAUUAUUCAAAGUUCUUUGAAUGUGAGCACACAGAGAAGGAUUCCUUGUGUGAAGACUUGGCCAGAAUCAUUACUGUAAAAGAGUACAAUUCAGAUAAGCUCUAUGUCCCACCAAGGUUGAUUGAAAUUCAAGUGGCUUCUUUGUCUCCUGGAGGAAAGGAACAACCAUUAAAGACAAAUAAUGCUGAAGUAGACCCACCCAAAUCCUCUCCAAGACUUAAGGAAACUUUGACAGAUGUUCCAACUAGGCAAAGAAGUAAUCCAGAAAUUGCUGUUCCUUCUGUUUCACCAAGGAAGAAGGCAAACAUUCCUGCUUCUGAAAAAAGACUACAGGAAAUUGAGGUGCCAAAACCAAAACAGUGUAUUGGUGUCCCUCAGUCCAGCAUCUUGGCGGUGAAUAGAACGCCUUCUCCUGAAUUCAAAGAUCUAGUGGAUCAUCUAGUUACCAGCAGCUCAGACUCCAUUCACAGUUCUCAGGAAGAUGACCGGCCCAUGUCUCCUUUCUAUAUGAGUAGUCACGUGGCCCAGGUCAGCACCGUCCCUGCUGGUAGAGAACUUUUGGAAAGAACAAUCAGGACUGCUGUAGAGCAACAUCUCUUUGACGUACUUGGCCCUGGUAGUCAAAGUUCAGAGGAAUCAGAGUCUGGAACAUCAUCCCCUUCCCCAAGCUUGUCUGCAAGACAGAGGAGGAGACAUCUGAAAGAGCAGGAUGAGAGCCGGAAAAAGCCCAGAGACAUGGAGAUGAUUAACAAAGAAAAUAUCCCUUCAGGGUGUGGGAGCCUAGAAGAUUGUGGUUUGAUGCAAGAAGUCGAGAAGCUGCAGGAGAACUGUUCAGGAUACAUAGAAGAGAGAAGCAAACCAAAGAGACAGAAAUCCAGCAGCAAGCUGUCUGAGCUUAAUGACAAUCAAGACAGCACUGGGAACACAGAAAACUUUGUGACCUCCAGGAGUGUGGACAGACAAGAGUUCAGCAGCAUGGAAGUUUUGUCAGAGGCAAGCAAAGAGAAUGAACAGGACAAGGAAAGUCUGCGGUUACCUCCGACUGUGAAAAUGAAGAUUCAGGAGCAGCAAAAUGCCUCAGAAAUCCGACCACAAAGAAGCCUCGAGGUUGAUGUUGGUCAAGAGGGCUUUGUCCCAGAGGUACCACGCUUGGACCUCACUUCUCUUUGUGAUGACAACAACUGGGAAGAACCAGCUCCAGUCCUGGCCUCAUGGGAUCGUGAUGGCACAGACGCUGAUGAAGCCCGUCUGUCCCCGCAGGCAGGCCGUCUUAUCCGUCACCUCCUUGAAGCAGACAGUGACCCUAUGUUAUCUCCUCGUUUUUACGCAUAUGGACAUAGUCAGCAAUACCUGGAUGACACAGAAGUGCCUCCAUCUCCUCCUAAUUCGCAUUCAUUUAUGAGUAGGAGACGGAGCUCCUCUUUGGGCUCACAUGAGGAUGAUAGAGACGAAGACCUGACACCAGCUCAGAUCACACGCAAAAUUCAGAGCCUCAAGAAAAAGAUUCGCAAGUUUGAGGAGAAGUUUGAAGAAGACCGUAAAUACAGACCGUCCCAUCGAGACAAAGCUACAAAUUCAGAGGUCUUGAAAUGGAUGAAUGAGCUCACCAAGUUCCGGAAGCAGCUUAAAGAGUCAAAAAUUAAGAUUUCUGAGGAAGAUCUAGUUCCUCAAAUGCGACAGAGAAGUAAUACACUUCCGAAAAGUUUUGGGUCCCAGCUUGAGCGGGAGGAAGACAGAAAGGAAGCAGAGAAAGUGGCUAAACCCUCUAUAGAAACUACAAUGGAAAACAUCCAAAAGAAGUUACAAGAGAAAAGAUCUGAGGUCAACCGUCCGGAAAAUAUUAAGGAUAUGACAAGAGAUCAGAUUGCAGCAGAGAAAGUCUCACUUCAGAAAGCUUUGCUUUACUAUGAAAGUAUCCAUGGCAGGCCAGUAACGAAGGGCGAGAGGCAUGUGAUGAAACCAUUCUAUGAUCGAUACAGACUGUUUAAGCAGAUCCUUUAUCGAGCAAACACUAUACCCGUCAUUGGAUCCCCCUCCAGCAAGAGGAGAAGCCCUUUGCUGCAGCCAAUAAUCGAGGGUGAAACUGCAUCCUUCUUCAAGGAGGAGGAAGAGGAAGGUUCAGAAGAUGAUGGCAAUGUAAACACUGACUUUGCAGUAACCAUGAAGCCAGGUUUUACUGUACGAAGCUUCUUAGACCAACUUGAAGAAGAAGCUGAUGGCUUUGUUUCCCCAGUGGACGACAAGACCCCAUCAAAGAGUACUCAAGAUCUUGGGCUCGGAAAUCUGCAUUCUGCAUCUGUGUCAGAACUUAUAGAACAGCUCCAGGAAGCAAGGGAAGAAAAAAAGCGAAUCAGAAAGAAACUCAGAGACUUUGAAGACAAUUUUUUUAGGCAAAAUGGAAGAAAUGUUCAAAAAGAAGACCGCAGUCCUAUGGCAGAAGAGUACAGCGAGUAUAAGCACAUGAAGGCUAAACUUCGGCUUCUGGAAGUCUUAAUCAGCAAGCGAGGCACAUCACAGACAGUGUGAUGUAUAAAACAACCUUUAUCAAGAAAAACUCACCUGCAAAGUAGCAAAUCGCCAAAAGGAACCCAACAUCUCGAAUGUGUGUAACAAUCAAAGGCAGUGGCCAGUCUGAUUGCACAGGGGGGUUUCACAAAUCAACUUUCAUAUUGCUCAGCUGGAUAGAACCAGGAUUUUUUUUUUUUCUCUAGUUUUGGUACACUCCAACUUAAAGGUACGAAUAAAGGGUAAAACGUCAUUGGAGUCACAAUACAUGACCCAAAACAAAUGAUGCGAGCUAUGGGUCCACUUUUUACCCUCAGAAUGGCACACCUGCUUUGGCCAGUGGUCUCCUAGUGGUGAACACAUGGUUCUCAAACUCACAGUGGGACCACAGACAUAAUCUUGGGUCGUCUCCUACAUUACUUUAUAUUAUCAAUGAACCUUGUUGUGGGUAUGCGUUCCAGGUACUGAUACUGAAACCCUUAUCUAAGAGCAAGUUUUUACCUCAUUUUAACACUACUUCGUGAUUCAGUUUCAUGGUUUGUGGCAUCUGGAUGAACAACCUUGCAUUAAACAAGAUCUCUACUAGAGCAUAUCAAAAGACUUGAGUACUCUGGAAAUCAUUCAGUUGAGCAGCCUCUGCUUAACCAGCUCAUGCAAUUUGUGUUGGUGGACGGUUUUUAGUGAACAUUUUUUCUUAGCAUUCUUAUUGGCUAAUGGAUGACAUGAUUGAGUUGAUUUGUUUUGGGGGCUACAAGUGUAUAACAUCUGCCCCUUUACCUUUUUCUGCAGCAUGCACUUUCUUCUUUAUACUAUGACUGUAAUUUAUAAUGCUACCAAUAUCUCCAGUAAGACUACAUGUUCCUACCAAAUUCCUGUGAUUCUUCAUUUAUAUAUUCUUGCUUUGUCUCUUUGUCCAGCUACAUUUCGCUUUGUUUCCCAAACCACCAGGGCUCAUUUUCCUCAUGGAUUGUUGAAGAGUAAUAUCUGUCUCUUUCCUAGGACUCAAUAUACCAGCAUGAAAUCACGUUGUUAUAACACAUUCAAUGCAGCAAUUUGUGUAACAUGUUAAUGGGCUUGAGAGACAGUCCUGCCCCCCUUACUGUUAACACUGUGGACUGUAUCUACCAGCAGUGCCACUCUGUACAAGGCUUUAGCAGCUCAUGAUGUUCAUGUAAGAACAACCAACAUCUGUAUAGAGUCUGACAAUGGUAUAGCUUACAUAUAUUGCUUGCAUUUAUUAUGGAAAUCUCUUCAGGAUCUGGAGUAACCAUAAGCAAAGAGUUAUAAUUUCCAACCUUCAACCUCACAUGGAACUUAAUGGAGUUACACCACUCCUGGUUACUCUUUUUCUCCACUGUUUGACAAUAAAUGAGUCAUGUUUUACUCUUAACCUACAUGUAGUCAAAAUAUCAUGAAACAUUUCAGAGAUACAUAAAUAAAUACGUAUAGUUUUGGGGGGGGGGGAAUGCAACAUCGAAUUGAAAUUUUGAAUGUGUCCGUUUUUUUUUUUCUUUUUUUGUGAAUUUCACAUUCGAUGUAAAACUUUAUUUAAUCUCACACUACAAAUUAGAUUUGUAAACUUUUAGUUUUGAUUUGUGUUUUUGUGUCCUGCUAACCUAAGAUUGUCAUGAUACAGACUCGAGGCCCUUUUACAUAGCCGCUGAUUGGGAAGGGAACAUUCAUCCCCCAUGGAGUUUCCAUAUUGUAAAAGAUCUUUAAGCAAGUGUCAAUCAACUUGUUAUAUUGUUAAUCGGUGCUCGGUAUGGCCCCGCAUUGGGCUGUGUAAAAGGGCCCUUAGAAAAGUAUCAAGUUUAUUAUACUCACAAUAUUGUCGCCUCCAAAAGUUCAGUGGUAAUCAUUUUAAUAAUCUAACUUUACAGGACAAUUUUAAUGGAAGCGACUGUUGAGGGUUUACCAUUGAUUUAGAAAACUACCAUGCAACCACUAAAUAUUGUAUAUGUUGCUAUCCGUAAUGGAGCCACCUUUAAACAAUGUACUAUUUGGCACAUUGGUUGCAGAAUUAUGGAUUCAGUGUUGUGAAAUUGGCACGGAUUUCUAGUUUGAGGACUUCAUGUUACAACAUUGUGCCAUGUUAAGCACAUUGAGAAAGAAACUCUGAGCUUAACUGGAUACAUAUUACCUACAUGAGAAUUAACAUACAAUACAGUAUUGUCUCCAGCCUGAAAAAUUAUGUUCCGAAAUCAUGAGCCAAUUCAUUUCCAUGGUAACUGCUCCCAUAAGCUAGAGCUUGUUAAAUGGUUUAUAGCGGUCUCUACCCUGCAUGUUUCAAAAACACGGAUAACAGGAUAUAAUAUCAGAAAGGGCGUCCUUUAACAAUGACCCUUCGUGUAGGAACUAUUGUCAGUUUUGUAUUUGUAACAAAUUGAUCUUGUAGCCUCUGAAAUACCAAAUAUAUGUUAUUGCACACCAUAACAUUUCUCAACCAAGGCAUGUAAAUACAAUUUGAUUGAUUUGGGUUGGAUGGAUAGCUUUGAUUUAUUGGGCACAGCAAAAUAUUUGGGUGGCAUUUGAAAAAAAGCAAGUCUCAGGUAGAGGUCUUAUCACUGUGUGUUUUUAGCGUUUAGGGUGUGUACAAGUGUAGAUGAUAUACACGGCACAUUGCCUAGUGCCAGACAAUCUAAAAAACACUGACGUGUUUUACACAGAACUGAUCGUUCUGCUUAUGCAUCAAUUAAUAGUGUUUCUAAUACAUUUUGCACUUCAUUUUGCUCCAUGAAACACAUUCUGAUAAAAAGAAUGAUGGAAAAGUUACCAAAAAUGACUAUUUGCAUGGUUUAAUCUCAAAAGCCCUUUGUAAGGAGUCUAAACUACUCAUAUUACUGUUUGAUUUGAUUGUAAUUUACAUUACACAUGUGUUUCUGUCUGUUUUACAGGGUUUUCCCACAAUUGACAUUUAUGACCUAUGCACAGGAUUUUUGAUAAAUGUCUGAUCGUAUGGUUUCCCAGCGAUCAUUCUGUGGAUAGGUUAAAAAAAAGUUAUUUGCGGAAAACUCCUUUACGGUAAAAUCUGCAGAGCUGUAUUGUAAAAUGGCAAGUGUCCAAACACACUGUUCACACCAUAGUUAUUUGUCACUGUGGAAACAACUGACCAAAAAGCUAAAGUGUGAACUCAACCUUAGAUGUCUUCAAGAAAUGAAAAAAAGAAACCAUUACAGGUCUUUAAUACAGGCCAACAAUAAGGAUUUUUAAGCUAGAGCCAUAGCCUUAGAGUCCCGUGAGAAAUUAAGCAUGUAAAGCUAGGAAAUUCUCCCAACAUAUAUGUCCUAAGCUUUAUUCAGACAUUGCUUUUCCUUAAUUUGGACAGCUGUGAUGUAUGCUACUGUCUAGGUAUAUAUUGGUAUACAUAAUUAUUGACUCCCAGUUAAAAAAUAUAUAUAUACUAUAUAAAUAAUAAACUGCCCCAACGGUGACCUGCUCUCUUGCAUUAGAAGUUGCACAACUCCUUGUGAGCCUGAGUAUACAUUAUAUAAAAAUAUUUAAAACAAAGUCAAUGCAUUGUGCAGUAUCGGCUAGUGGCCACUGAUGCUAGAAUAUAAGAAAGUAGCAGGUAACCAUGGAUGGGCGUUACUGUAGAAGAACAUUUUUUAUUGUUUUGGGCACUUGCCUUAUAGUGUUGUAACAAAACUGAGAAUGUAGCAAUAAUUGAGGAUGCCUAUUUGAGAACUUUAUUUGUAUCUGUUUUCCUCCUUUGGCAUUGCUUUUGUAAAUGAGUGGACGCCCAUUUUUUAUGUUACCAUAGGAUUUGAGGAAAUUAAGUUUCACGUCAAAGUGGCCAGUAAAGCAUGAAUUGGUCAACAUAAAACAGCAAAACCAAUGGUGCAGAGAUGCCUGGCUUAUGUGCAAGCAUGUUCGCUACAAAGAGGAUUCUUACACCUGUAUUCAUUGGACCACAUUCAGGCUAAAGGGUCUUUUACACGGGCUGAUCAGGAGCUGAAAGGAAUUGCCAGUUAAAAUGUCCUUAGAUGAGCGUUGAUCUUAUAUGGUCAAUUAGUACUUGUUGCCGUGUAAAAAUACAUUUAGGCUUUAUCUAUGGGGCCAUGUUAUGUUUUAAUGUGGGACCAUAUAUUUAACUUUCAUACUGGGAUUGGAUCCUUUGAGGGGAAUGCAGGAAAACAAAGUCUUUUUGCAGCUAAAUACCGUACAUGUGACAAGGAAACGUGUGUCUGUGUAAGUAUAUAAAACUCUGCUAUUGUCCGUUCAGGGGUUUUCUGUAACAGUCUGGCCAGACACAGCUCAUCACUACUAUUAGUUAUUUAUGGUUGGGUGAAAACCCCAUAUAAACACAACUUUAAGUGAAUAUCCACCCUUAAAUGCAAUUUAGUUUUGUUUUUUCUAACUAGAUUCAAUAUUUUGUUCUGACUAAUUUCUUAAUAUAUGUUUGUGGUUGGAGCUCUGUUUUUGUGAUGCAGAGUUCUAAAGCCCCUGCAUAGGCAUUGAAUGUAUUCAUUGAACUCAAUACGCUCCCCCUUGUGGUGACUGCUGGUAGCCAUCCGUUUAUGUCUAUGCAGGGAUGUAAGCAUCAGAAAAAUAGAGUUCCAGCAACUGUAAAGAUAUAUUAAGAAAUUAAUUAGCACAUAAAUUUAGUCCUAAAAUGACAUCAUGAUGAGUAAAAGCAGUGGUUCACUUUUAAGCUUUUGGAUAGUAGAUUUUCUAUUGUCAAGGUCUUUUUAAAUUUGGCUUAUAUGUGCACCAUUUACCAAAACCCCACAUGUAUGCCGAGUCUGUUUAUUUCAGUAAGUGUGUAGCAUUUAUUGUCCAACUUUGGUCAUCUGUGAUUACCACAGGUAAAGUAUCCCAGGCAUAUGUCCACUAGAGGGGUGAUAUCACUGGGGAAAUAUAGCUGAUGACUUCAGUCCUCCUUCAGAAAGUUUCCAUCUUAGAGAGAGGUUUCUGAAUAGGGCACUUGGUUACCAAAAGAUGCGCCAACCUUAGAAACUGCUGUGCUAUUUCUAUCCCUUCUGCUAUGUUAGACUGUGCAGACAGAACCGACUCUGUGUAUAUAUACUCUGUAAUAUACAUAUAUGUGCUUGGUCUUACAAAGUACAGUGAUCAGACAAGUUUUGCAAAUCAAAUAGCAGCAAAUGGUGAUUCUACAGCUUCAGUCAGAAUAUUAAGCCAGCCGUUAACUAUUCAAUAUAUUGCACAAUUGUACAAUGCUCUUAACUAUGUAUGUUCUUUAUCUACAAGUUCCAUGCUCAUAGUAUUUUCAAGCUGUUUUGUAUGGAAUGGAUAGAUGUGUCCUUUUGUAUGUGCAUCAGAGAGAAAACAAAGUGUAAAUUUUUUUGUAUUUUGUAUAAAAAAUAAAAGCUAUUUUUGAAUGCAA